AUGGAAGCUUUGGCGGCUGCUCAGAAUCAACCACCCCCUCCUCCUCAGACUCCACUUCAGAGGACCGUGAUUUCCGAGAUUGUCUCUACGCCUAUCUUUGUGGAUCCCGUUAGUGCUCCGCAGUACCACAUGCCUUCUGGUUUCCCUUGGGGCAUGCCUCAUAACUUUGUGCCUGAGGGGUAUCAAUCUGCUGUUGAAGUUCCUAUGGCUCAACCAAUGAUGUCAAUACCACCUCUUGUGGUUCAUGUUGUUCCUUAUGUUGAAGAACAUGACUUUCAUGCUUACCAGAGCGAGUCUGUUCAUGUUUAUGAAAGAAUGGACGAGUUUCAAGAUCAAUUUCAAGCUAUGCAUAAAGAAAUUCAAGCUUUGAGGGGGAAAGAUCUAUUUGGGAAGAAUGCUCAUGAUCUGUGUUUGGCUCAUAAUGUGAAGAUUCCAUACAAGUUCAAGGUUCCAGAUUUAGAAAAGUAUAAAGGCAACUCUUCUCCUCUGAGUCAUUUGGUGAUGUACGUUCGUAAGAUGUCAACUCAGACUGACAACCAUCAAUUGAUGAUCCACUACUUUUAA